AUAUCAAAACGUCAAAACUCCAAUGUCCAAAACUCAAAAUGAAAACUUGUUUUCAUAAUACAUAAUACUUUGAUUCUUUCGUUUCGGUGGUUACUGGUUUCUUUUCUUUCAACCUAUGCCUGGUUGACACGUCACAUUUUAAAAACCAAAUAAACACGUACCUACCUAUUAUGUUAAUAAACUAAAGAAAGUUAGAAACUCCACUUUAAGUUUCAUUAUAAAGAUACUGCUGCAUCCAAAUAUUUAUAUGCUUCAUUUAAAGUAGAGAUAAUGGACGAAAGUAAUAUCCCCAUAGAUAUCAAUAUAGGUAAGCUACAAGACUGGCUAGUCAGUCGACGCCACGUAAAUAAAGAAUGGCAGAAGAACAUUAUAGCAGUGAGAGAAAAGAUCAAUAACGCCAUCCAGGAUAUGCCAGCGCACGAGGGCAUAGCUGCCCUAUUAUCUGGCAGCUACAUCAACUAUUUCCACUGUCUCAAAAUUAUAGAAAUCCUGAAGGAAACUGAGGCCGACACUAAAAACUUGUUUGGCAGGUAUGGAUCACAAAGAAUGAAAGACUGGCAAGAUGUUGUGAGGAGUUAUGAGAAGGAUAACUUGUAUUUAGCUGAAGCGGCUCAGAUUUUCGUUAGGAAUAUCACUUAUGAGAUUCCAAGCUUAAAAAAGCAGAUUGCAAAAGAAGAACAAAUGCAAACAGAAUGUGAAAAGAAAGAAUCUGACUACCUGAAAAGCCAGGCAUCCAGCAAGUCGGAGUUCCUGAGCCUGUGCAAGCAGCUAGGCAUCAAGGGGGACAGGAUCAAACGGGAGCUGCUGGAGCGGCUGCAGGGCUUGCCUGACAUAUAUGAUAAGAUAGGCAAAUCCCUGAAACCCCUACAACCAGCAAUAGAACUGUACUCGGCCUUCACGAAGUACAUCCUGGGCGAGCAAGCGUCCGAGCUCCUGCCCCUGCUGCAGUAUGUGGUGGAGCACGGCAACACCACCGUGUACCAGUGGAGCUACGGGGAGCCCCCGCUCAGCAUUGAACCCCACCCUAUACAAAUUGGGCUGGAGGACGAUCAGGCGGCUGGCGACCAGAUUGACUUUGGUGACAGCGCGGAAAUAGACUUUGGUUCGGGCGACGUGUCCGCUGAGAUUGACUUUGGAGACGGAGACGCGGGCGGAGAGAUUGACUGGGGGAACAUGGAUGCUGCGGCUGAUGUGGACGCAGCCGUGGACAUAUCGGCAAUCUCUCUGGACGAGAGCGGCAUAGUGGUGGAAGCUGCCGGGGCCGCGGGGGGCGUGGCGCGCGGGAGGGAGGCUCUCACCGUGCUGGACUCCGCCCACACCAGGAGCCAGUUCCUCGACCAGCUGCUGGAACUAGAGUCGUUCCUUAAGAUGCGUCUGUACGAAACGAACGCGGCGAACGAGAGCCACACGUUCUCACUCAUCGAGCAGCUGCCCACCGAGAGCGAGGCGGCCCUGGCGGCCAUGUUGGCGGCCGUGCAGGCUGCCACGUCGGCCAUGUUGGCGCCCGAGAUCACACAUCUGCACAACGUCAAGCACUCACCCAGAUACGUGGACGUGCUGUCGGCGCAGCUGCAACAGAAGCUGUCGGUGUGCGACAAGCUGGCGCGGCUGGCGGCGCGCGAGGCGGCGCGCGGGCUCGCCGCGGCCGCGAGAGCUGCGGAGCUUCGGCCUUUGCUGACCAGGCUGAUCGAGCGCACCCGGGAGCUGCAGGCUGACAUCGAGAAGGAAAUAUCGAAGAAGUACAAAGGAAGGCCGGUCAACAUCAUCGGCGGAGUCAAGUUCUUAUAGCUCAACUGUACAACGUGACACACAUCCACAUGGAGAUAGAUUUUUUUUAAUUGACAGAGUCAAAUAUAUUUUUAUCUUUACUUAUAAAAUAA